AUGGCGGUAGCAAGAGAAGUCGUGAUCAGAACUCUGAAACUUUGCUCUCAUUCCUUCUCUAAAACAAUCUUUAAAACGUUACAGAAAAACACUUGCAAUGUCGUUAGGCAUUCAGGAAGUUACCCUGCUCGUUUUUCUUCAAGUUUAAUCGGUAAUUCUACAAAUAUUGACUCAAAAUUCGUAAAACAUGUUAAAAAUGUUUCUGAAACUGAGACAGACUUUUAUGAGAAAAGAAACAUUUCAGUGGAAAAAAUAUUAUCUGAUUUUAAUGUACCUAUUAAAAAAGUACAAAACCAGAUGGAUAUUACACGAUUAUCUUUGGAAAGAGUCAAAGAAAAGAUCAAGUUUCUUGAAGGAUUAGGUCUGAGUGCUGAAGACGUUGGGAAACUGCUUACAAGAAGACCAUCAGUGCUUGUAGCUAGAACUGAAGAUUUACAAGCUCGUGUUGAAGCGUUAAAGAAAGCUGGUAUUCAGCCUAAUGCACUAGUGUAUGCAGUCAAGAAAUCCCCAGGGAUUUUAACAGCAAAGACUGAAAAUACAAUUUUUUCUAAGGUUAAAUAUUUACUUGAUCUAAAAGUAAAACCCAAACUAACAAAAGAAGAAGUCCUACACAUGUUAACCAAGUGUCCAGACAUCAUUGCAACAUGCAGCUUGGAUUCAAUCCAAAACAAAAUCCAUUUCCUGGAAAAAGUCUUAAAAUUCAACCAACAUCAACUUCACAACAUCAUCCUCAAACAACCAACAGUUCUGACUUUUGGUACUGAUUCCAUGAAAUCUAAGUUUGCAUACUGUUAUGACGAGUUAAAUGCAAGCCGCUCAAGUAUUGCAAGAUGCCCUAGGGUGUUUCAAUGUUCUCUUAAGAGGAUCAAGGAAAGACAUCAAUUUUUGCUGAAAGUUGGUCGGCUAAAAGAGGAUAUGAUUGUUGAUGAUUAUGGUCUUGGCGUCAUAGUUACCCAAACAGAUAAAUACUUUGCCGAUAAAGUGGCUUUAAGUAGUCUGGAAGAAUUUAAUGCUUUUAGGUUAUCUGUUAAUAAUGAAUAGUGCUGGAACCAAUUACAAGAACGUAUCCGCAGCAGACCCCUAGGUUUUUACAUCUCCUACCCUGAUACUAAAAGGUUAACCCAUUAACCCAACAAACAGUACAGUUUUUAGACUGCAAUCUAAUACCCCAUUCACACCUAAACAUGUUUAGUUAAACUAUGUUUUCAUUAGGAAAAAAAUUGAGAAACU